UCGGGUAGUUGAGGUCCAAGCCGCGAAGAGUGAUAUCAGGACAUUCCAGAUCAAUCCAUAUCCUUCUGCGUUCUAUUUUCUCGUUGUAUCUUUGUCGCUCCCAACGACCAAUUCCGGCUCUUCGUCUCCGCCACGCCGUACAAUGACUCAGGAGGCCAUACCCCCCGCCGGGGAAAGCUACCUAGAAGGUGGCGACGGCGGCUCCUCUCUCCCGGUUCGCCGUUCCGGCCGCGUCCGCAAGAGGAUGCUGCCAUUUAACGAUGAUGCCGACCACCCAAAGGAGCGGCCAGCCGCAUCGUCCAACAGCACCAGUGCUCGCCGAAACUCGCAAAGAAAGGCGGCCCCAGAGGUCUUUGACAUACCCGACAAUCUGCUGGAGGCGUCACUCGCGCCGUGGAAAGAAAAUGAGAAGGCAGAAUGGGCGAGCUGGGUUGAGUUGGAAUCUGAUCCGGCUUUUUUCACGGCCAUUCUUGGCCUCCUCGGCGUCAAAGGAGCCAGAAUAGUAGAGCUGCUCUCCGCCGAUGAGGACUCUUUGGCCGCUCUUCCUGCUCCGGUUUACGGCAUGAUAUUUCUGUUUGAGUACGUCGGAGAAAGUAUGGAUGAGGGAAAGAAUAAUGAGCCGAGCGAAGAUGUGUGGUUCGCGAACCAGACCACAAACAACGCAUGCGCCACUAUUGCACUGCUCAACAUUCUCAUGAAUACCGAAGGGCUGCAGCUCGGUGAGAAGCUCCUCAGGUUCAAGCAAGAAUCCAAAGGGUUGUCGGCGCCAUUGAGAGGCCAUAUGAUUACAAACAGCACCUGGAUACGGACGGCUCACAACGCCUUUUCUCGCCGGUUGGACCUCUUGAAUGCGGUCCUCGCCGUCCAAAACGACGUGGACCAGAAGAAGAUCCGAACCAAAGCGAAGCGGAAGAAGGCCAAAGCCAAGGUGUCAGACAAUGACACCGCCUACCACUUUAUUGCAUUCGUCCCCAUCGGGCAAAAGGUGUGGCAGCUUGAUGGGCUCUCAAAUAAGCCCGUUUUCCUUGGUGAAUAUGCGCCAGGUCAGCACUGGACAUCGGCGGUAAGCCCCGUCAUCCAGCAAAAAAUGGCGCAUCACGAGAUGGAGCUGUCAUUCAGCCUCCUCGCUCUCUGUGCCGACAAUGCUUCCCAGCUUCGGCAGAAACUUGCCGCCAACGUCCGCCGCUUGGAGAGUCUCGAGACGAGGUUUAAAAGCAACUCCGAAUGGAAGCCGAAGGCGAACUCGAGCAUUAUCCACAGCUCGUCAGACGACCGCCUCCCCCUAUACCAACUAGACGCUGAAGACAUACGAACCUCAGUCAGUGACGAAAAGACGCCCGAACCGACCAGCGGGACGGUCGAGGCCGGGCUACAGGCCUGGGAGCAGCUCUGCGACGAGCAACAGCGUCUGCGCUCACAGUAUGAGGAUGAGCUCGGCGGUCUGGAGACAACGGGGGUCCUUGGCCGGACUAAGGAUCACACGCCUGCCAUCCACGAGUGGGUCAAGCUGCUUGCCGGUCACGGAGUGCUGAUGCAGCUGCAUGAGGAAGCGAGCCGGCACAACGCCCCUUGGCCGGGAGUAGUCGGCCAACGGCCAUCUGGAAUGUGAUCACCGAGCCGGUUCAAAAAAGAUUGGCAGACCGUCAUGCAGAGGAGAACUUUGAUCAAGUUACCUCCAAGAUAUUUAUCUCUUGCCUCGAACGCAGAGAGCGAGAGAGCCAUUGGGUCAGAAAUGGCCA